AUGCUGCAUAUCCACCAGUUCAAACAGUUCCGACCCAAAAUGAAGUUUCUCACACUCAGUUCUAAUACUCCAUCUCUCAAAGUCGUGCGUGGAUCUGAUGUAUCUUUGCGAUGUGACUUUCCUCUCCUGAAUGAAUCCUCCACAUUGCACUGGGAGAAAGACGGAGAACAAAUAUCCAACGCCACACUAAUGUACAACAACUCUGCCUACAUCAUCUUACACACUGUUGAUGAACGCAGUGAAGAGACAUAUUACUCCACAUACAACAGUCAAGCUUUAAUGUUUCACAUCUCACCUGUGAACUUCAACUACAGAGGGACGUAUAGGUGGAUUACAGAAACUGGCAUCUACACAACAAUAAUACUAUACACCAUCAGAGUCUCAGUGGAGCCCCCUGAUGGUGUGUUGAGGAAUCAGUCAGUGGUUCUUACCUGUGAGCUUUCUGAAGUAACUGGUUCAGUGAUUCUGGUCUGGCUCAGGAUGGAGGGGAACAGAGGAGUUCUGGUCAAACAGCAAAUUAUGACUGAGAAAAACAAAAAGUUACAACUCACAGUGAAUCUAUCCAGCUAUGAAACAGACCCGAUGAACUGGCAGUGUGCAGUUUUUACUGAGAAUACACUCAGAGCUCUGGCCCCAAUAACUAUCAGUCUUACCUCAACAACUACAAAUGCUCCAAGUAUGUCAACAGAAACUUCAACUGUAACAAACCAAGUUAUUAUCUUUGAACCAUUAAUAUGCAGUAUUUUCACCUUGAAUAAGAUUAAUACACACAAGACAUACAAUCUGAAUGUUCUAUAGUUUACA